ACUUUUCUUCCGAGCCAUCAAUGAGCGACUUGACCCAGGCCCUGCUCGCGGUCCACGAGGGGACUAACGAGGCUCGCCAGGAGGCCGAGGCGUACCUCAACUCGCUCCGAGUCUCCAACUAUGGUGGUUACAUGCUUGGGCUCUGCCACGAGCUUGUGGGCGGCCCAACAGAGGUGUCGCGGCAGCUUGCCGGCCUUGCGCUGAAGGUUCUUCUGGACGCGCGCGACCCAAUUACCAAGAUGAAGCUUGCGCAGGCGUGGCGCGAGCUCGACGAAGAGACGCGGAUGACGAUCAAGAACGGGCUGUUUCAGACGCUGGGCUCUGAUGCGACUGCGGCGAUGACGGCUGCGGCUGUUGUGGCGAAGAUUGCUGCCAUCGAGCUGCCGGAGCAGAUGUGGCCUGGGCUUGUCGAGGCGCUGUUGCAGAACAUGACGGUGAUGGACAACGACAUGCUGCGUCAGUCGACGCUGGCAUGCCUGGGAUACAUCUGCGAGGGUGUCAAGCGCGAGGUGCUUGCGGCGCAGAGUGGGCAGAUUUUGACUGCGGUCAUGUCUGGUGUGGAGGAGACGGAGCGGAACGACAAUGUGCGGCUGGAGGCUACCAAGGCGCUGUACAAUGCGCUCGAGUUUGUGUCUGACGCAUUUGAGGUUCCGGACGACCGCGACUACAUCAUGACUGUGGUUUGCUCUGCGACGCAGGCGUCGGACACGCGAAUCCGGCGUGCGGCACUCGAGUGCCUUGUCCGCAUUGCGUCGUUCUUCUACGGCAACAUCCAGCCGUACAUGGAGGCGCUGUACCAGCUGACGUUUGAGGCAAUCCGGUCGGACCCGGAGCAGUCUGCGCUGCAGGCCAUCGAGUUCUGGUCGACGAUCUGUGAGGAGGAGAUCUUCCUCCACCUCGAGGCCGAGGACGCGCAGCAGCGCGGGCAGCACCCCAAGUCGGUCUCACUCGAGUACGUGGCGACGGUGCUCGGCCCGCUGGUGGAGCUGCUGACGCAGACUAUGUGCCGGCAGGAAGAGGACCAGCAGCCGACGACGUGGAACAUCUCGAUGGCGGCCGGCACGUGCCUCAACCUGGUGGCCAAGGACGUGCGCGACGCUGUGCUUGAGUACGUUGUGCCGUUUAUUGUGGGCAACGUCGAGGGCGAGUCGUGGCGCCAUGUUGAGGCCGCCAUCUUCGCCUUUGGCUCCAUUCUGGAGGGCGUGUCGUCCGCGGCUGUUGGUGAGCUCAUCGCCAUGGGCUUGCCGACCUUUGCCACGCUCAUGGGCUCGGACGUCCUGCUCAUUGCCGAGUCUGCGGCAUGGACCAUUGGCGCGGUGUGCAAGUACCAUGCCGAGGCCAUUCCGUCGGAGCACGGCCCGGCGCUGUUGGAGGCCAUCAACGAUGGGCUCGGCGCAUCGCCGCGUGUCGCAGUCUCGUGCUGCUGGGCGCUGCACAACCUGGCUAAGGUCUUUGCCCAGCCCGACGCCGACACGUACGGCCUCUCGCCGUUCUUUGCUGACCUUGCCGUCACGCUGCUCUCGGUCACCGUCCGUGGCGACGGCGACAUGUCCAACCUGCGGGGCACGGCGUACACCACGCUCAACGUCAUGAUCGAGUCUUCGGCCAAGGAUUGCCUCGUCCACGUCUCGUCUGUCUUUGCCACCCUCCUCGAGCGGCUCGGGGAGACGCUCGCGUACGAGAUUUCCUCUGCCGACGAGAUGACGCAGCGGUCAGACCUGCAGGGCCUCAUUUGCUCUUCGCUUCAGGCGAUUAUCGAGCGGGUCGAAGGCGACAUUAUGGGCCACGCCGACAGCCUCAUGGAGGCCUUCCUCGCCGUCCUGCGGUGCCGGACCGACACAGUCCAUGAGGAGGCGAUGGUGGCCAUCGGCGCCCUGGCCCGGGCUAUCGACGAGGACUUUGAGCCGUACAUGAACGCGUUCUUCGAGUUCCUCAUGGCCGGCAUCAAGUCGCACCAGGAGCCCGACGUGUGCAUCGUCUCCAUCGGCGUGCUCGGCGACUGCUGCCGGGCGCUCGAGAAGAGCAUGGCGCCGUAUGCCGACGACAUCAUCGGCGCCCUCAUUGCCAACCUCAACCACGGCGCCCUGCCCGACAGGGUCAAGCCGGUCAUCCUCGCCGCCUUUGGCGACCUCGCCCUCGCCAUCGAGGCCGCAUUUGCGCCGCACGUCAACCCGGUUAUGCAGCUCCUCUGCCAGGCCUCGCAGGUCUUUGUCGACACCUCGUACCCGGAGCUGGUCGUCUACCUCAACUCGCUCCGCGAGAACGUCUUUGAGGGCUUCACCGGCAUCAUUCAGGGCCUCCGCGAGGCCAAGAAGGAGGCUCUCCUUGACGGCUACGUCGAGCACCUCUUUGCCUUUAUCGGCCAUGUCUACAAGGACGAGUUCCGCUCCGAAGAGGUCACCCGCGCCGCCGUCGGCUGCCUCGGCGACCUCGCCCACACCUACGGCACCGACGUCGGCGGCUACCUCAAGCAAGAGUGGGUCCUCCCGCUCAUCCGCGAGCUCGACGGCUCGGACGAUGAGGACACGAUCGAGGUCGCCACCUUUGCCCGCCAGACCGUCCGUCGCUACCGCAAGUAGACGGGCCACCAUGCACGUACCCUCUUCCACUGCUCCACGCACACUCACUCGCACUCGCACCACUCCACACGCUCAUGCACACCACAUCCCUCACACACUCUCUCUCACUCUCACUCUCACUCUCACCUCCACAUCCAAACGCGAACAAAGAAAAACAAGCAACC